AUGGCGACUAGCUUACCAGAAUUUGCUUCUUUUGACGCCGAGAAUCGGGAAAAUAUCGAAAUUCGAUGGCAACGAUGGUUCAUGCGAUUCGAAAAUCUACUGAUUGCACUCGAUAUAAAAGACAAGAAAAGAAAACGAGCGUUAUUAUUAUACUAUAUCGGUGAAAGUACUCUAAAUAUCUUUGAAACACUGCCCGAGACAGGCACAGAAGACGACUAUGACGAAGCGUGUCAAGCUUUAAAUGAACACUUUAAACCUCGCAAGAAUACAUCGUUUGAAAUAUUCAAGUUCAGGAAAACAAACCAACUUGUUGACGAAACUCUCGAUCAAUACCAUGUACGACUCGCCCAGAAAGCUAAGUACUGUGAAUUCUCAAACUUAGAUACCGAGAUAAAAGCUCAAAUUGAGCUAGGGACCAAUUCCAAUGGCGAUAUAGAUGCAACUGUAAGAUUAUGUUCUGUUGGAGAUUAUUAA